UGCUGGAGGUGACGUAAAGUUUUUUUCCCAUAAAACAAAAUAUAAGGAUCUGCAUUUGUUUUCUGAACUCAUUACAUUUUAAUAAUGAUUAGAUCAUACUUUCCCAAGUGUGUGGCACUUUCUACCCUCUUUGUCCUGAGUGUCGGUGCACUGGAUACUUUCAUUGCUGCAGUGUAUGAGCAUGCUGUCAUAUUACCAAACAGAACCAACACCCCUGUUUCAAAAGAAGCAGCUUUGCUCCUGAUGAACAAGAAUAUAGAUGUUUUGGAGAAAGCAGUGAAGCUAGCAGCCAAGCAGGGUGCACAUAUCAUUGUGACGCCAGAAGAUGGAAUCUAUGGUUGGGUCUUUACCAGAGAGAACAUUUACCCCUAUCUGGAGGAUAUACCAGACCCUGAAGUGAACUGGAUUCCAUGCAGAGAUCCCCAGAGAUUUGGCUAUACACCAGUGCAAGAAAGACUCAGCUGCCUAGCCAAAGACCACUCUAUCUAUGUUGUGGCAAAUUUGGGGGACAAGAAGCCUUGCAACACCAGUGACCCUCAGUGUCCUCCUGAUGGCCAUUACCAAUAUAACACUGAUGUGGUGUUUGAUGCUCAGGGCAGGUUGGUGGCACGCUACCAUAAGUACAAUCUUUUUGAACCUGAAAUUCAAUUUGAUUUCCCCAAGGAUUCAGAAUUUGUGACAUUUGACACUCCCUUUGGGAAGUUUGGCAUUUUUACUUGCUUUGACAUUUUUUCUCAUGACCCGGCUGUGGUGGUGGUGAAGAAUUUUGAAGUGGACAGUGUCCUCUACCCCACAGCAUGGUACAACACACUUCCCCUUCUCUCGGCGGUUCCCUUCCAUUCCGCAUGGGCCAGAGCUAUGGGAGUGAAUCUGCUUGCUGCCAAUACCCACAACACCAGCAUGCACAUGACAGGGAGUGGAAUCUACGCCCCUGAAGCAGUCAAGGUGUAUCACUAUGACAUGGAAACAGAGAGUGGCCAGCUGAUGCUUUCAGAAUUGAAGUCUCGGCCUCGCCAUGAGCCCACCUACCCAGCAGCUGUUGACUGGCAGGCUUAUGCCAGAAGUAUCAAGCCCUUCUCCUCCGAGCAGUUGGAUUUUUCAGGAAUGAUUUAUUUUGAUGAGUUCACCUUCACUGAGCUUACAAAAAACACAGGAAAUUACACAGUUUGCCAAAAAGAGUUGUGUUGUCACUUGUCUUACAAGAUGUCUGAGAAGAGAACAGACGAGGUCUAUGCACUAGGAGCAUUUGAUGGACUGCACACGGUGGAAGGCCAGUAUUACUUGCAGAUAUGCACAUUACUGAAGUGUCAAACCACUGACCUCAGAACUUGUGGAGAACCUGUGGGGUCAGCUUUUACCAAGUUUGAAGAAUUUUCCCUAAGUGGCACAUUUGGAACAAUUUAUGUUUUCCCCCAGCUCAUUCUCAGUGGGAGUCAGCUUGCCCCUGAAACACAUUAUGAGGUUUCACGAGAUGGACGUCUGAAGAGCCGAAGUGGAGCCCCUUUGCCUGUUUUAGUCAUGGCCCUGUAUGGAAGAGUGUUUGAGAAGGACCCUCCCCGCUUAGGACAGGGACCUGGGACGUUACAACAAUCUCCUUUACCAGGGCCCUUUCAGCUUUAGCCAGGCAAAGGGAGGGGUGGGGGAGAGAGAGAACCCUCAGGGUCUGUUUAGAAGAGAUGUCAUAAACUUAACUGAAAUAAGGAAUAAAGUUGAAGAUUUAAAAAGCAAUGGACAUACAUGUAAAUUUUACUACUUAUCUGGUCUAGCACAGCCUCAUUAUGAGAGCUGUCUUCCAUGUAUGUGUAUUGAGAAUGUGUAAGUACAGUGGACCAUGUAUUUAAAUGGGGGGAAGGGCUGCAAAACUCCUUUUGCAGUAACUUCUGUAAGGAACGUAAAUGUUAUUUCCAUCAUGUGAUAGUUAAUUUUAUGCAUCAACUUGACUGGGCCUUGGGACACCCAGAUGCCUUGUUAAACAUUCCUUCCGAGGGUGUCUCCUAGGUUUUUAGGAAAAAAUUAGCUUUUGAACUGGUGGCCUGAGCAAAGCAGGUUCCCUCCCUGAUUUGGAUGGGCCUGAAAAAACAAAAAGGCAGUCAUUUCCUGGCUGCUUGAGCUGUGCAUAGGUCUUCUGCCUUUGAGUGCUCUUGGUUCUCAAGCCUUCAGACCUGAACUGGAAUUGCCACCAUCAGCUCUCCAGUUCUUAGGCCUUUGAACUACACCACUGGGCUUUCCUGGGUCUCCAGCUUGCGGAGGACAGAUUGUGGCAGAUGUACAUGAAUAUACUGUAUAUCUCCCAUCGCUUCUUUUGUGGGGACUCCUGACUAACACGCUUCAUUUGUAAAUAUACAGAGUGAAUGCUGAAUAUGCACAGGAUAUUUGAUCCCAGUCAAUUACUACUUGGGAAGUUAACGAACAAGGACAUUGUUUAAAGUAAUUAUGAACAAUUUUCUAGCUAAUUAAAAUCGCUCAUUCUCUCUUUAUCAUAACCCAUUUGACUCCUAUGGUCUGUUUGUAUGGAAAUUAGAUACUUGGAAUGGAAAUAAAAAUGCAGUAAAUUAUCUCUUCAGACCACCCUUUGUUUCCCUCUGAA